CUGUCCUGCUGGUUAGUGUCAGUGAUGGGAUCAGAGCACAUUCCCAACUGCUAACCCAGACCCAGGGCCCAGACCUGAUGGAAACUCUCUUCUGGAAGAAAAUGGCCUCUCUUCUGUUGCCUGCCUUUUGCCUUUUGAGCGGAGCCGGGUGUACAGCCGGAUGGGCGGUCCCUGAUUUUGGCAACGUCUACCAUGUCUCAGGGGUUAUCGACCUGCCGUUCGCUGAAAUCCAGGAGCCCUUUGAAGCCUGGUACAACCUGUCGGGAGGGAAGAGCCGGAUCCAGUACUACCACGGGCAAGUGGUCACCUUCCAGUACGGGGCAGAGAGGCCGUUUGGUGCCCUCUACAAGAUCACCCCAGAGACCACGGAGCUGGAGCUGAACAUCCGGAAGUGCUUCCGGAUCAGCGGCAGCCCUGGGAAGCGCGUCUAUCCACAGAGUGUCUUCCCCAGGCUGGACGGUUUCAAGCUAUAUACAAACAAGUAUCUGGAUGCUUACUGCAAGAGGCGCUGCUGUUUGGAAGCACACCAUUUCUUCACUUGCGGCUCCAGGAAACUGAGGCAGCCCGUGUGGGAGGAGUCCUACAAAGGGCAGCUCUGCACCGUGUGGCAGAACGUGUCCUACUGGGGCCAGAAGAAGAACGUCUACACUCUGUGGGUGGCCAGCUCCGCUGAUGGCCCCGUGCCUGUCCACUACGAGAUGAGGGGCUUCAACAGCCUGCUGGGCUCCCACUACGACAAGUACGAGAUCAACUACAGCGGCUUCACCCACAGCUACCCGGCUGGGGUCUUGGACCUCCCAAGCGGCAUGGAGUGCGAGUUUCCUCCGGGAGACGGAGUGGAGCAUCGUAUCCUCGCCAACCCCAUGUGGGAUUUCGUGGGCAGGCAGGCGGAUCGAGGCCGUCAGCUGUUUCAUCACUACCGGCGGGAGUACAGGAAGGAGUACGGCAGCAGGAAGGAGCUUGAGCACAGGGCACAAACGUUUGUUCACAACAUGAGGUUCGUCCACUCCAAAAAUCGGGCCAACCUGCCCUACAAGCUGGCGCUGAACCACCUGGCCGACCGCACCCCGGAGGAAAUGGCCGUGCUGCGGGGGCGGCUGCAGGACCAAACUCCCCACAAUGGACAGCCGUUCCCACUGGCACCAUAUGCUGGCAUCAUCCUGCCUGAGAGCCUGGACUGGAGGCUGUAUGGUGCAGUGACCCCCGUGAAGGACCAGGCCCUGUGCGGCUCCUGCUGGAGCUUUGCGGCUGCGGGAGGAUUAGAAGGUGCCCUGUUCCUCAAGACCGGAGUGCUGACCCCCCUGUCUCAGCAAGCCCUGAUCGACUGUUCCUGGGGCUUCGGGAACCACGGCUGCGAUGGCGGCCUUCCUUGGCGGGCCUUUAAAUGGGUCAGGAAGCACGGCGGCAUCCCAAGUGCCGAGGCCUACGGGCCGUACAGGGGCCAGAACGGAUACUGCCACUACAACUCGUCUGAGCUCCUCGCCAACAUCAGAGGCCAUGUCAACAUCCCGGCCGGCGACGUCGCCACUCUGAGAGCCGCCAUCUUCAAGAAUGGCCCCGUGGCCGUCAGCAUUGACGCCUCUGCCAAGUCAUUCAUAUUUUACUCCAAUGGCAUCUACUACGAACCCCAGUGUGGGAAUACCAGCAGCAGCUUGAAUCACGCGGUGCUCGCCGUGGGCUACGGGGUCCUGCAAGGGGACAGCUAUUGGCUCAUCAAAAACUCCUGGUCCACUUACUGGGGUAACGAUGGCUACAUCCUCAUGUCCAUGCAGGACAACAACUGCGGGGUGGCGACCGCUGCAACAUACCCGGUCCUGGCUUGAUCUCCUGGGUCAGAGGGAAGCGAGCUGGCUUCGGGCUGCUGAUCCUUAGCAGUCUGCCGGACUUGCUUGUUAUCUGUGGUUGCUUGUGCUCUGGACAGGACCAAGUGGGGCUGGCUUAGCGCCUGAUGCCGCGUGGGCCUAGGUGUGACACUGCAGUCUAUAUAAUUUUAUAAAAAUAUGCUAAUGAGGGAAUAUAAUGUAACUGGAAUAUGCUUCGUGCAGAAGGUCUUUUGUAAGGUGUAAUUACAAAGUUUAUAAUCUACUGAGUGUGAUCAUCCUCUUUGUAUAAAUGUACCACUCUUGUAUCUGAAACUAGAAAUAUGAACUAUAACUCUGAGGGCCUCUUGUAACUAUGCCAAGUGUGGGCCGUUAAUGGUGGUUUGGAAUCUUGAUGACUCCCAUUAACCAGGACAAUUGUCUGCAAAUGGGUGUUUUACCUGU